AUGGUUUUACUAGAGGUAGAGAAAGCAUGCAAGGAGCACCCUUAUCACAAUCAAAACAAAGGGGUUUGUCCAGCAUGUCUAAGAGAAAGAUUAUCUCAACUUCAUCAAGUUGUUUCCAGCGACAAAGAAGCAGUAGCAGCAGCCGAUGGACCAUCGUCUUCUUCUUCUUCGAUGUCUUUUUCUUCUUCGAACAACAUGUCCUCAGUUUAUCAUCAUCGUUAUCAACGAAACAUGUCUGAUAUUAUGGGUUCGAUAUCUUUCAGGGUGAGUGCAGGAAAUGGGUUAAAGAAUAGCAGAUCGAUUGCUUUUGUAUCAAGAAGCAGCCGCCUUGUUGGAGAGGUGAAGCAUGGGACGUUGACGAAUAAGAAUAAGAAGAAAGGGUUUUGGUCAAAGUUGCUUCAUUUGAAGGGAAAGAAUAACGAGGAGAUUAAUUUUGGUGGAAAGAUGGUGUUCAAUGUAUAA